UGGAAAAAAGAAAAGGGCAUCUCUAUAUCUAACAUUAUCCCGAAGGAGAGGCUAUCAAACGAUGGGCCAUCAAAUUAAUAUAUAUGAAUAUGGCCCAGAUUUGUGAAAGAAAUCCCUAAUUUACAUUAGCUUUUCCAAAUGAAACACUAUCCAUCAAAUUGAUGACAAAAUCUUCUUCGAUCCCUUUCACUAGAUACAAAGGUACCCCAUAACCUUGUUUGUUUGAAUCAGACAUAAAGUAGCAAGUGAGAAGCCCAGCAGCAGUCAAAGAUUUGCAGCUAUGGAAGUUGAUCCAGUGCCGGCCCCUAUAAGAUAUGCACUAGUUACCGGUGCGAACAAGGGCAUUGGGUUGGAGACUGUCCGGCAGCUUGCACUCGCAGGCUUGACCGUUGUUCUUACAGCCCGAGACGAGAACCGGGGUAGAGCAGCCACAUCACUGCUUCAGGAAUCAGGUUUAUCAAAUGUAGUCUUUCAUCAGCUUGAUGUUCAAGACAGAAAGAGCAUAGAAUCAUUGGCCAACUUCAUAAAAACACAAUUUGGAAGUCUUGAUGUUUUGGUAAACAAUGCUGGAGCUUCUGGAGUUUUAGUUGAUGAAGAUGGCCUCAGGGCCCUAAAUAUAGACCCUGCAACUUGGGUAAGAUUUUAUGGUACUUCAGUCGAUCCAGCUUUGUUAUCGGCCUCCUCCACCUUUCGAAGACUUUGACUUAAAUAAGUGUUUGUUUGGUAGGGAUUUUGUUAAUUGAUUUUUUGACUGUUAGAGAUAAAAUGGGUCUUAUCAGUGAAAGAAGAAUUCAAAAAUGACGGUUGUAAUAGUGAAAUAACGGUCAAAAAAUUGAUUUUAAUUAGAUUUUAAACUGUACCAAAUAUGCUCUAAAUAUGUUACUCUCUAACAAGUUCAGCGUUUAAAUGUGAUUGAUGAACAUAGUAUUGAAGUAGGCAAAUGUUGUGAUUUCAAGUUUCGUUGCUGGCUAAAAACAUUAUGCAUGUGAGACAUUUGAUGAAAAAAUUU